AUGACGCCAUUCGGAGCCUCACUCCACACGGCCAUGGACCGCCUGACUCCAGCGACCGUUGACAUGGCACUGCUCACGGAUGCGCCGUCGUCACAUGAGAUCGAGGACCAAGUGCAGCGUGCGCGUGGGAGUUCAAGCCCCGGCCUGGAUAGUGUUGGCUACGACAUCUUCAAGAUGUUCACGGCCCAGCUUCUGCCCGCUCUGCAUGCAGCGUUCGUACGCUGCUGGCAGUCGAAGCGUGUGCCGCAGAGCUGGAAGGUGGGUGUGGUGCGCCUGCUGCACAAGAAGGGUGAUCAGCUCGACUCAUCGAAUUGGCGGCCGAUCUGCUUGCAGCAGGUCAACUUCAAGUUAUACGCCGGUGUCUUGUCGCGUCGCUUUACGCGCUGGCUUGACGUCAACGGCCAACACGCUGAUGUGCAGAAGGACUUUCGAGCCAUGAACGGCUGCGGGGAACACAACUUUCUUGCAGCCAUGCUCGUCGAUCAAGCCCGGCGCAAGCAUCAAGAGUUGCAUGUAGUGUGGUACGACUUUGCCAACGCUUUAUGCAGUGUGCCACACAACUUGCUGUGGGAGGCGCUACAACGGCAGGGUGUUUCGACCGAGUUUGUCGCUUGUUGCCGUGGUCUCUACGCAGACGCAGCGUUUACAAUUGGUAACGCUGUUGAUGGGACCACGACACCAAUCGCGUUGAAGGUGGUGGUGUUUCAAGGCUGCCCACUCAGCCCCUACCUCUUUACCGCCGCGAUCGUCCCGCUGCUUCACGCACUCAAGUCGCUUGCGGAAACUGGUGUGAGGCUGUCAAGCGAACACCGGCCCGGUGCCGCUGCUUGCGCAGACGACAUGAAGACAUUCAGCAGCACCGUGGACGGUAUCAAUUGA